GGUGGCCGCGUCCGCAGUCUGCAAUCAACUUCAGUCUCGAGGCCCUCGAAGCGCCGCGCAUCUUCAGUCAGCCUCGAGGGUCGUGUGAGAUGUGGAGGUGAUUUCUCAACGAAAAUCGGUCUCUAUUGAAAUCCUCGAAUGAUGUUGGUGCCAUCGGAUAUGCUUUCUGCCUCUACGAAGAUGGCUUACCAGAUCAACAAGUACUUUGGAGAGCGGGUUAUGACCCGCAAGAACCAGGUGGGCAAGACGAUUCAAGAAGUCUGCCGAGUGGUGCAAGACGUUCUCAAGGAGGUGGAAGUCCAGGAGCCGAGGUUCAUUUCGUCGCUGACGGACUACAAUGGCAGGUUCGAUGGACUUGACGUCAUCUCGCCCACAGAGUUUGAGAUUGUCAUAUAUCUCAAUCAAAUGGGAGUGCUGAACUUUGUCGAUGAUGGCACCCUCCCUGGCUGUGCAGUUCUGAAGCUGAGUGACGGCCGUAAGAGGUCCAUGUCCUUGUGGGUGGAAUUUAUCACAGCAUCCGGAUACCUUUCCGCGAGGAAGAUCAGGUCUCGGUUUCAGACUCUGGUGGCCCAGGCCUGUGACAAAUGUGCCUACCGAGACUCCGUAAAGAUGAUCGCCGACACGACGGAAGUGAAGCUCCGAAUCAGGGAGAGGUACGUGGUGCAGAUCACGCCGGCCUUCAAGUGCGCCGGUCUCUGGCCCCGGUCGGCUUCGCACUGGCCCAUUCCGCACAUACCUUGGCCGCAUCCAAACAUUGUCGCCGAAGUUAAGGCCGAGGGUUUCGAUAUGCUCUCGAAAGAGUGCAUCGGACUUCAGGGCAAGCAGUCUGCCAUGGAGGGUGACGCCUGGGCUCUGUCCUUUAUUGAUGCCGAAAAUCGCCUUCUGCAAGGCGCCAGCAGAAGAAGAUGUCUCAGUAUUCUGAAGACACUGCGGGACCGGCAUCUGGAUCUUCCGGGAAACCCCGUCACCAGCUACCACAUGAAAACCCUCUUGCUCUACGAGUGCGAGAAGCAUCCCCAUGAGGCAGAGUGGGACGAAACUUGUCUGGCAGACAGAAUCAAUGGAAUCUUUCUACAACUGAUAUCGUGUCUGCAAUGCAGAAGAUGUCCACAUUACUUUCUUCCAAACUUAGAUCUCUUCAAGGGAAAAUCUCCCAGUGGCUUGGAGAACGCAGCCAAACAAGUUUGGAGAUUAACGAGGGAACUGCUCACCAAUAGUCGAGCCUUGGAAAAAUUAUAGUCCGGAUUUGUGAGAUUGAUCGCCAAUUGUUACGCAAAAUAAGCAGUAGUGCAUUGAACCCAGUGUCAACAAGUGUUAAACACUUUCUGUCUUAUUUAAUAAAAGACAAUUUUAUGGCGUAUAUAGUUAUCUGCAAUAACGACAUGAAUAGAUUAUUAUGAGUGCUAGAAUUAAGACACUACGGAAAUGAAAUUGCAACAAGAUGAGAGUUCUCUUCAUAGUCGGAUUAUGGUUUAGUUGCUUUUUCAAAUUCAAAUGAAUUGAGCGCAAGUUACAAUUUAAAAAAAUAAUCCUGUGGUGCUGUGAUUGUGUCGUGAUUCAAGCCAAUAUACGCCCAAAUUAUAUAGUGUCGUGUAUAUGAAACGUAAAGAGUACAUCAGUGAAAGUUGUUUUAUAUUUUAGUGGAAAAUGUAUAGAGAAAUGAAUGAUGAGUGGGUGUUAUGUGGAGUACUUCGGCACCCAAUCGAAAAUAACAGGCAACAAUUUAGUGACUGAAAAACAAUUUGUUUAUAGGUUGAUGAUGUAAUGGUCAAGUUUGCAACGUUGAUGAUAUAAACGAUUUUAUAAAUUUUUCUCUUAAAAAUAUCUUCUUCAUCGUUUAUUUAUCAAUAAAGUUUCAAUAACAGUUUUUUAGCCAAAAAAUUGCACAAUUUUUCGUCUGCAUUUUUUUAAAAUGUUCAUCAUAAACGUUAUUAAAAACUUCACCAUCAUUUAGAUUGCAGGAAGAAAUCGAAUCAAAUAUGAUGAAAAAAUUAAUAUUGAAAUAUAUUUUGAAAAGACAUAUUCCAAUAGAAAAAGCAGAUUCACAAUUACAGUUUAAUUGAUUUUUCUUCCUGCAUGAGAGAGCAGAGAGUAAUAAGUUGAUCCGCCGUCGCUAGUCGAGCUAAUAUUUGCAUUCGACAUUAAAAUACUUUUACUCUUUUUGAACACAAAAGAAACUAGUCAUAAACUUUGUUAAAAAUUUGUAUACUAUCGCUCUUGAUAUACACAUUUUUGUCAUCAACUGUAAAUACUUUUUAAGUGUUCCAUUUACUUAAAAAGCAUACUAAAAUAAAUAUGCGUUACUUUACACAAAUUAUUUUUAAAGUUUAAAAGUUAUUUAAUUUCAAACUUUCAAUUACUAUGAGAAUAAAGGUAGAAAAUAUAAUCACUCGACUAACGAUGAGAGGAUUAUGUAAUUUAUACAACCAGGCUAAUUUUUAAUCUAAUAAAUCAAAAUCUAACUUGCUUUAAUGUGUUCCCUUUUGACAAAGUCAUUUGCGGUCAAUGAAAUUUCUUUACUUAAUAAAGCAAAUUUUUAAUAAGUAAAAAUUAUUUUUCGGAAAUAAAAAAAAAUUUGUAUAUAAUUAAACAAGACAUUUAAUUUUCUUGAAUGACUAAUACAUAUAUAUAUACCCUGAAAAAAGUAAUCUCAUAUUUAGAGGAAAAAUCCUCUUCUAAUAUCCUCUCAAUUUUUCCUCUUAAAACAAAAGUAUUCCACUUGAAUGUAGAAUAUUUUUAUUCUUUGGUGACUAAUAAUAAAACAAAACAAUUUUUUUGAGGUUCUGAUGUCAAAAACAUUGAAUUAAAGUUAAAUAAAUAAACAAAUCUAUUAAUUAAUGUAAGUAAUUAACUACAAAUCAUUAAUUAUAUUUAAUAUUUAAUUAAAGAUAUUUAAUUUAGUGCAUGAUAAUAGCUUUUCUUUAUCAGUUUAUAACCAUAAUUGUCAAAUUAUAUGCGGGAGAAAAAUCCUCUCAAGUGAAGACUAUUACUUUUGAUACAAUACAUAAGAGAAAAAUAUGCAUCAAUUUAAGAGGAAUUCGCUAGAAUCAAGAUUACUUUUUUAGGGUAUAUAUAUAUAUAUAUAUAUAUAUAUAUAUAUAUAUAUAUAUAUAUUUGUCGUUAAAAAGUUUAAGAGAAAUAUAAAAUAUUUCGUUGAAGCGCAAGCAAAAAUGUUUUUGAGUUUAUUUCGUUAACAACAAAAACUAUGAAAAAUAUUUAUUAUAUAUAUAUAUAUAUAUAUUUAUUCUCAAAAAGAGAUUCAGACUGGCUUUAUAUUAUAAAACAAACAUCGUUUGGGCAUUUAAUGACAAACUAUAUUCCUGAUUAACUUUAUGAUAGUUCCUUUUGUAAUAUUUAAUCAAAUAUUUCCAACAGGCGAAAAAACGACAUAAAAUUUGUUUAUACUCUUUAAAGAGUUAUUUAUUUGUUAUUGUUUCCGUGUAAAUAAGACACGAGUGAGCAUUUUUAUUUGCGACGGCAAUUUUGUCGAACAAUUUUUAAAUAUAUACUAUAAGACUCGCAAGAGUGUAUUUUAAAGUGAAAAAGAAGAAUUUAUUCGCAAAUGCGAAUUUUUCAUUGAAUAUUUGUUUUUAUCGACACUGCAAUUGUAAAUAUAAUUCAAAAUAUUUAUUGAAAUGUAACAAAAUUAAAAAUACAAUGAUAUUUAUACGCAAAGAA